AUGAAGCCAAAAUCAUCGAACGGCGCCAACGUCGAGUUGACACAGGAGAGCCAUGUGGAUAAGGAAUUGGGGCGUCUUUCGUCAGAUACAGAGGAUGUCGAGGCAAAAUCUGGACCGGUAGCUUCCCUGGUUACCUAUUGGCGAUACAUGCUCGAUCAACCGCUCAUAACCCCUGCUGUCCUUGGUUGGGAUUACCAGGGCUCAGGCAGCGAAGCUGACCCUUAUGUGGUGACAUGGAUUGAUUCCGAUCCUCGCAAUCCCAUGGACCUCUCAUCAAUGAUGAAAGCCGUCAUCACGGCAAUAGUUGCCAUUCUGACCUUGGCUGUUGCGCUCAUCUCCUCCACGUAUGCCGGAUGCAUUGACCAGAUCAUGCAGGACUUCCACGUUGGUGAUGAGGUCGCUACACUUGGUAUUGCCCUCUAUGUCCUUGGAUUUGCCGUGGGACCGAUGUUGUGGGCGCCGUUCAGUGAGACGCAAGGCCGACAAGUGAUUCUGUGCUUCACAUACGGGUGUUUCGUGGCGUUUAACGGUGGGACGAUUGCUUCGCAGAAUAUACAAACUAUGAUCAUCCUGCGGUUCUUCUCUGGCGUCUUCAGCGCGUCGACUCUUACCAAUACCGGCGGCGUUAUCUCGGACAUAUACCCAGUGAACAAACGGGGUUUGGCUAUGGGACUCUUUGCCGUGGCGCCAUUCAUAGGGCCAGUCUUUGGCCCUAUUAUCGGAGGCUUUCUCGGUGCUGCAGGGGGAUGGCGCUGGGUGCAGGCUCUUGUGACUAUCUUCUCUGCCAUCCUCUGGGUGAUUGCAGUGCUCGUCAUCCCAGAAACGUAUGCACCGGUUCUCCUUCGCAAAAGAGCAGCCAAGUUAUCCGAGAUGACCGGAAAGUCAUACCGGAGCAGAUACGACAUCAGUCGUGGGAAAUCGUAUUCCUUCAAGGAAGAAUUGAAGACUGCGCUUGUUCGUCCGUGGCAGCUGAUGCUCUAUGAACCCAUUGUCAUCUUCCUUUCGCUGUACAUGUCCAUCGUCUACGGCAUUCUCUACAUGUUCUUCGCCGCCAUCCCCAUCGUCUACCAAGAACAUCGCGGCUGGAACUCCGGACAGAGCGGAUUAGCCUUCCUGGGAAUCGCGGUGGGGAUGAUAAUAGCGCUCAUCGUCUGCAUCCCUGAAAAUGGCCGCUUUGCACGACGUGCCGCUGAACGUGGCGGCGAAAACCCCCCCGAAGAGCGUCUGAUAAUAGCCAUGUACGGCAGCUUCUGCAUACCGGGGGGGUUAUUCUGGUUUGCAUGGACGAACUUCCCGUCCGUUCAUUUCAUGGCGUCGAUUGCAGCUGGCGUGCCGUUCGGUUUUGGCUUGGUCCUCAUCUUCAUCUCCAUCAAGAACUACCUCGUUGACUCGUACACCGUCUUUGCGGCUUCUGCCCUCGCUGCCACGGUGAUCAUGAGAUCAUGCUUCGCGGCUGCGUUCCCGCUGUUUACCACAUACAUGUUCCAUGGGAUAGGCAUUCACUGGGCGUCUUCCAUCCCGGCGUUUCUGUCGCUGCUUUGUGCGCCUCUUCCGUUUUUGUUUUAUAAAUGGGGGCCCCGCAUUAGGGCUCGAUGUCGUUAUUCUGCUGAGGCGGAGGAGUUGAAAAAGCAGAUGAUGGCACACAAAUAG